CGAACCCCACCACCACCACCACCAACAGCACCACCACUACUCUACUUUGAAGCCCACAUUCCAAGAUUGCUUGUAGAUUUAGCAACCCAUUUGAUUUCCAUAUAUAGAGUAGGGGGACUCAAAUUAUUAAUUAUGUGUCUAUUAAUGACAAGAGUAGUAAUGGUUUGCUCAUCACAUGCCUAAUUAGAAGACACGACCAUUAUCACACACCCGCUCUUUUUGGCGCCACCAAUUCCUCCCACUCCACACACACCCCUUCACUCUUCACAUAUAGAGGCAGAAAUAGAGUUGAACAACACUAGAAAGAACUGUGAAGAAUCAAAGAUGGAAAAUUCUCGGGCUUUGUUUUCUCCUGACAGUUUAUUGCUAUGUAAAGAGAAGGUGGGCAGUUUGGAAGAUGAAGAGGAUGAAAAGAUGGAAUUUGGUUCGAUUGUGGAAGAUGGUUGUGAUGAUGAGUACAUGAAAGUGCUUCUUGAUAGAGAAAUCUCAAGUGGUGGGCUGAAAAUGGAGGAAUUUUUGCAGAGUUCUUGGAUUCAAGGGGCGCGUUUGGAUGGAAUCCACUACAUUCUCAGAACAAGGGAAGUUCUUGGGUUCGGAGUGCAAACUGCUUAUCUAUCAGUCACAUAUCUUGAUAGAUUUCUCUCCAGAAGAUCUGUUGAUGCAGAGAAAUCAUGGGCACUGAGGUUAUUAUCAAUGGCUUGUCUUUCAUUGGCUGCAAAAAUGGAAGAAAGUGUAGUGCCGGCAUUGUCGGAGUUCUGUUUGGGGGAUUAUAAUUUUGAGAGCAGUGUGAUACAGAGGAUGGAACUCUUGGUACUGAAUACAUUGGAGUGGAAAAUGGGGUCAAUCACUCCUUUUGCUUAUGUUCAGUUCUUUGCAAACAAGUUCUUUGACAACUCUUCACCAAGAAAUGGAGUGUCAAGAACAAUGGACCUCAUUUUGGGCUCAAUGAAAUAUGUCAAAAUAAUGUCCCACAGACCAUCAGUGAUAGCAGCAGCAGCCGCAUUGUUUGUACUGGAUCAAGAAUUGACAAUAGAUGCCUUGAAGCUCAAAAUCAGUGACUUAACUGGUUCUUACGACAUUGACAAUAUCAUUUCGUGCUACAACCUAGUUCAAGAAAUGGACAUUGAAAGAUUAAAGUUGAGCAAAGGGAUCAAGUCUCCUGAUUUAUCACCCAUCCAAAUACAAAGGGCUGAAGCUUGUGGAAAUUCUUCAGUUGCUUCUGCUGCCAUUGCAAAGAGAAAAAGGCUUGUGUUUAAUCAAAAUGAUCAAUAUGGUGAUGUGCCUGACAAGAAGGAAAAGCACUGAAAACCCAAAACAAAAAAGCACUCAACAUUGGUGCAUGAGAAUUGCUUAGUGGUACUAAUUUAUUUUCCUUUAGUAUUUGUAUAUGAUUUGGAGUUGAUUGGAUAAGAAGUGGAAAGGAAGGGGAAAUACAUUUGGGAAAAGUGAUUAUAACAAAAAAAAAAAA